AAAAACAGAAUGGAGUUAACAGAAGAAAUAAUCUACUGCCAUAGAUUGCCAUAUCAAAACAAUUGGUGUUAUCAAUAGGCUGUUAGGUAGUAAUAUUUACAGACAAGCACGCUAGAAUGUUAAGUUUACGAGGAGCACCUGAAGGCAUCAUAACACAAGAUACUAGCUAGCUAGCUUAACCACAGCAGCUAAUAUGGGCUAGCCUGCGCAAUGAUGAUGCACUGCCAGUGCAGCUGGGACUAAGUGGGACAGAGUUUUAAAAUUGUACUGCCGAAUUUACCAAGGGAAUCAAUCGAUAAAAGCAAAUGGAGGAGUUUGACAGCAGUGCACUGGGCAGGGUAACGGUGUACUCCAUCCAGGGCUGCCCACACUGUGUCCAAGCCAAAGCCAUCCUGGGACGUUUGGGAGUACCGGUAUGUGAUGUGGAUGUGGGAAGGCAUCCAGAGUUAAGAGCCAGAGUGAAGGAGUUGACAGGACGCAGCUCGGUCCCUCAGAUCUUCUUUAACAACAUUCAUGUUGGGGGCAACGAUGACCUACAGAAGUUGGCUCCUGAGGAGCUUCAGAGGUUGGUGAAUGUGGUCAAGAAAGAGCCUCUUCCAGCAGAUGCUCCACCACUACCAGACGAAAAUCCACCAGAGGACACAACUGGGGAGACUGAUGGAGAGUUUAUGUGUGAGAGGGAUGAGUUGGCGGACGUGAUAAAGGACCUGAAACAUGGCACUGUGAUUGGCAGUCAUUGGAGGGGCCUGACUUUGUACAAAAAGAGCUUCUCAGGUGAUCAACUGGUUGACUGGCUGCAGAAAGAGAAGGGCAUGGCCAGUGCUGAGGCCUGUAAUACUGGCCAAGCAUUGUUGCAGAAGAAGUACAUGGUCAGUGUUCGUGGCUGUGGGCAGCAGGAUGGCAGUUUUGGAAAAGGGAAAGACGCUCUGUACAGGCUGUUGGAGGAUGACCCUCAUUCAGCCCUCAACGCAGGACAGACGGCAGCCUGCAGUCCCAUCCAGGCUGCUGAGCUCUCUUUGCUUGUACGGGAGUUGGUUUUGAAAUUGUUCUCCGAACAUCUCUCUGCUGAUGGCAAGUCUGUGGACUACAAGGGCAUGUCAGUCAACCCUGCCUUUGAGCGUUACUGUGAGCUAGCCAUUCAGCUGCAGAGAGUGGAGCUGCUUUCGCUCAGUCGGGAGGAGAAGCUGGCCUUCUUCAUCAACAUCUACAACGCCUUGGUCAUCCAUGGGUACCUACGCCUGGGGGCCCCCACCAACAUGUGGCAAAGAUACAGAUUCUUCAACUAUGUGAGCUCCCCAAAUUGGAAGGAGAAGUUUAAUUACGGGAUGAAAUGGUGUUCGGGGGGAACAGAAAGGUUCGCACAGCUUCUAAGGCCCUUCCCAAAACGACCCCGCUACAAAUUCAGCCUUCUUAAAAUCAUCCAAACUUUUUCACAAAUUCACCAAGACAUUGUGGGGGCCCUUCCCGAUGCUGAGCCCCUCAUUCAUUUUGCCUUGAACUGUGGCGCAAAGGGCUGCCCCAAUUUAAAAAAUACCUCCCAGGAAACACUUUUAAAAAAUACGGGUCAUCUACUAUCUGGAAAAAUUUUAGGGCUUAAUUCGUCUACACAACCUACGACAUUACAGCCCCUCCGACGCGCUAGCCCCCGGGAAAGCACGCCCUUUUGGGGGUUUCGGGAAAAGAGAAUGCCUCAGUCGAUAUCGGGGGACAAAGCUGACUUUGGAGGAACCGAUGAAAAGCUGCUGAAGUGGGUGGUGGAGCACAUGGGAGACUCCCCAAAGAAGACCAGCCUGCAGGGUGUCCUUUCUGCUGGGAAGACCAAAGUCAGCUUCCUCCCUUACGACUGGAGCACCAACAGCACCCACUGAGCAUGCACACACCGACACAUUCACGUCCAGCUAUAUGCUAUGUCUCUUUGCAGCUGUCAGCUUUCUACUAAGCUGCAUCCACUUAAAGACCAGGAGGUUGGUGAUUACGUGCUUGCCAAAUGCAAUACCACUGGUCCUCAAUCAUGCAAAUGUUUUUGAAUGCAAAAACAAAUCGUAAAUCCAAGUGGAGAUAGUGGUGCAUUUGCACUGACUGUUCCAUCAAGUCAUCCUUUUCUUGUAGACCAAUCCCAGCUUGAAGUUCUUACUGUAAGCUCCGCUCAGAUAACUUCAGUUUGGAAGUCGUAACUGUAUUUGAGUUGUACAUUCACAUUAUAUUGGUUUGAAGUAACAACAGAGAGCUUAUUACAGAAAUCAAGCUGCACAUGGAAACUGUGCUGCAGCAGCAUAAUUAAUAGGAUGAGAUGCUCAUUAAGCGUGUGAUUUACUUUCGUUAUUAAUGUCCUUUGUAAAAAUGUCAAAGCCUAAAAAUGGACAGACAUCCCCCAAAUUAUCUUUAGUAAAUGAACGCGGAGAAAACUAACCAAAAGCAUACUGUAUGAUAAUAGUAAUACUUGUCAAUAUGGCUUCCAUACUCUCCAGUCCUUGUAUUUACACUUGUCAACAACUCAGGAGUCUUAGAUUAUCACUUAUCUUCUCGGCUCAAUACGACACUCGUUGUCGGGCUAUUUACGUGGAGCAUUUACUCAGAGCACAUGGAGAUGAUACAGACACACUGCCUUGACAAGCCAUAGCCAAACCCUUACCAAACCGACUCAUUAAGCUGGUCCAUCAUGUAAGCUGCAGAUGUAGACAAGCAGACCUUGUUUUCUACAGAGAACGAGAGUUAUUGGCGGUAAUGGAACAUAAGUAUAUCAUCCUAUGCUUUGGACAUUAAAUACUAAAGUAUAAACACUACUUUGCUCGUGGCUGUAAAACACGAGCUGUUAGCCUUUAAAGUAUUUUUUUUUUUAAAGAAAUGUGUAAUUUAUUUCCUUUCCUAAACAUCUAUGACCCGGGUGUCAAGCUCUUUUUCAUUGGACAAAUAUAACCUAGUUAGGUGACUGAGGGGGCUGUAUCCUCUGGAUUCCCCAUAUUUGUAGGAUCCAGUCCCUGAAUAAGAAAAAGUGUCUCUUGUUGAGAGCGCACAGACAGAUGCAGCGGUCAGACUUUUGCAUGUCUUGAUCCGGUUUCAUUUCUAACCCCCAGUGGUGUUUUGUUUCUUCUUUCCUUCAUGUCGAGCUACAUGGUUGUUCAGCCAUCUUCAUGAUCCAGGUCUUCCAUUUUAAAUCAGAAAAGUGCUACUGCUGUAUUUUUGGCACAUGUCAUUUGGUAAAAGAGUAAUAUUUUGAAUUAUAGAAAUAUAUAUCAAAACUUCCACCCUUUGGGAUGCACUCUGACACUUUGCAUGUUUAUCACCAACUUUGAAUGCUGUUGAGACAAAUUUGUACUUUUUUCCACAAAGAAAAUGUCGACUGUUGGUCAGUAGGAGAGCACUAGGCUGGGCUUAUUCAUCCAGCUAUGGAUUUCCAGGGAGUCUCCAGAAACUUCAUUACCCAACUCAGCAGUCAUGAAAACAAUUAAAUGUAGCAGUUUAGGUCUCGAUUAGAGUUUGCAGGUGUUUGGUGUGUUAUUUCAACAUUGAAAUAUCAUUUUAGUAGUUUUCACUUUACCUGGCCUUAAACGUUUGUAAGCCUUUAUUUAAAAAUAAAUCUUCCAGUGUGAUGGACACACAUUAAGUGCAUAUAAUUACUCUUUAUGUUUAUAAGGAUUAUGUGUGGCUUAGUAAAACUAUUUAAGGGCCUUUCUCUGUUUCCAUAAUUCAAGGAUUUUCUUAUCUCAGGUCAAAGGAAAAAUGUAUGCGAGUGAAAACAAUAUUGAGUUGUUUGAUGUCAUCGAUGCAUGUUGUGUAUAACAACUUCAACUCGGUCUGCACAGUCCAUAUUCCUUUUGCCAAGACAUUGUGUCAUGCACGUUACUAGAACUGUCAGGAUUCUUUGUCCUUAAGCGAUAAGCAGCACCAAAGCAUAUGGUUGAAUUAGCAUGUUAAAACUGGAAUGCAUUUGCUGCAUGCGAUACUGGAAAACUGUCCGAUCUGGAAUGCUGGCCUCUAGCAAGACUUCCUCUCUCACUGCUUUGUAAACCUGUAAACUCAGCCAUAGGAGCCCUAAUGUUGGAAUACAGUAUGUGCAAUAGGUUUAAAACAGCACCCCGUCUCAUUAGACUGUAUUUUAUCGCUCAAUACAUUUAUUCAGUGACCAGUGCCCCCUUGGCUUCCCUACGCAACUCCAUUAUUGAGUGACUGAGAAAGAAAAGGGGAAGACAUUUUGUGGGCUAAAAUAAACAGAGAAAAAGGUUAUAUUUACAUAUACUAUUGAGCCCGGUACUUUUUCAGAAUUACCUCAUGUAUCAGGAAAACGUGAUGCAAAAAGUUUUUUAAACAAGCAAUUCUCUUUAUUUUCCUCUUUCCUGGGGUUAACAAGAAAGCAAUAUGUUUAUGAAUGGUAAAUAUGCAAUGUUGAACUAAAAAAUAAAAUGUAUGAGUUUGUC